UAAAGAUAAGAAAUUGCACAUGAUAAUAAUAUGGAUUGGGCAACGACUGCAUCAGAAUCUUCAGGGAGUAACCUCUCUUCGAGCAAUAGAUUGGAACAGCCGUCCUCCUUGUGUUUUGGAUUCACAGGCAACAGGUCAAAUGCCGAUGAAAUCUGGCAGGAAGUUGCCAAGCGAUAUAAGGAAAUAAUCGAAAAGGAUAUCAGAUUGCGAAAUUCCAGUCAAACUAUGGCAUCAUUCACAUUGCAAACAGAACAACAAACAAACUCGACAAUAAAUCCAUCAGCCCACUGUCCUAAAGCACCUGCUAAACCAGUGGAUUAUGAAGAAGAGUUUCAUCACUCUGUUCUCAUGAAACAAAACGAGAAAAAAGAUACCGGAACGUUUCCCAAAAUUGUCAAAGUAUUUAGCUUAAAACCCUCAUUACCUAUGCAAAUUUUCCGAGAUCAUGUGACCAUAGUCAUCUCACCAAGAGAGGCAACUGCCCAAACCCUUGUUGGAAAGUCAGGGGAGAAUGAGCCAUGCAAAAGAACUGAGAAGGAAAAAAAAGUUAAAGGAGGCGAAAUUCCCUCUAGUCAUGACAAGAAAAGUUUACCAGAUUUUCAAUGUACCGGCAUUAGCAGACGAAACAGCUCACGUGGUACUAGUUUCUUAAUGAAUCAGCAUAUUUGUGGUACAGAAGACAUUGAUACGAUGCAACUCGGAGAGAAGGAAGUCCAAAGUGCUUGCUUGUCAGGAAGAACCUUCGCGGAAGAGUGGUUCCAAAUACCGCAUGACUUUACGUCUGAACAAAAGCUUUUUUCGAAGAGUAAAGGAGUUUAUGAGCCGGAAGUAAUGGUCAAUGGGAGAAAACAAAAUGUCUCGGAGCGAGAACUUAGUGAUGUUGAAGCUCACAAGAAAAAGAAAAGGAGGAAACGCAAGGCCAUUUUUCAGCAGACAAAAACGACGAGGAGCAAAAAAAGGUGCUUCGUUGAUGAUAUAAAAAAUCUCGAUCAAACUUUGAUUCGUGAAGAACUCAUAAGCGAUACUGUGAACCAAACAUAUUCUCAUUUUCAAUACUAUGGCUCAUUCAGGGAUAAAGAGACGAAAAUGAACGAGACCACUAUUGAAACAAAAGAAAGGAGUAAUGCUUCUGAGAAAGAUACUCAGGAAUCCUUUCAGGACUUUCAUGAUUAUUCUCUGGCAGUUUGUAACGAAGAAACCGUCCCGGGGGAGACGGAGGUGAUUUCCAAGGAGUCGGCAGGAAGUAACAAGGGCAGUGGUUCUUUCCCGUUAGCUACGAUUUCUUCCUUUCCUGGUACUGACAUUCAUCAAAACAAAAUUCUUCGUUUAAAAGAAAAACUUGCAAAGCAGGAACAAGAACUUCAGAAUCUCAAGCGUAAAAAAGAUUCUGAAGUUGUGUUAACAGAAUGGGCUGAGAAAGAAAGGUUUGAGUCAAAAGAUCUGUGUCUUAGCAAAGACACAGAGAUCUGGGCUGAUGGAAACGAUAUCGAAGAGGCUGUUUACCUGAGCGAAAUCGAUGAUCUAAAGCACACAUUUCAGAAGGUGAUCAAAUCAUUCAGUAGAACCUUAGAUGGCAAAUUAUAUUCCACAAGAAUAGUCCCAUACUAUGCUCACCUCCCAACAGGCGGCGAUUACAAACGUUUUUCUAAUGACAUCAUUAACCAAUUGGUACCCAAGGAUUUUGCUAGUCAGGAAGAGUUCUUAUUUCAGCUAGGUUUGCUGAGAAUCUUUUAACAAUUAAAGGGAAUUCGAAUUUGCUGCUGAAAAUCGUAGUCAUCGCUAUAGUACUUGGCGAUAUUUAGCGACUCUUCUUUUUAUUGCUUGAGUAAUGUGCUCAAAAAUUAAGCGUCGCUGAGUUUAUACCACGUAUUUUCGCCUGAAUUAACGUUGCAAAAACGGAACAUUUCGGCUGUUGAAAUCCCUGCUGAUUGCAAGGAUUCUUACGGCAUAUUUAAUUAGCAUUGUGGAUUUGUCGUCCAAGUCCACGGUUUGGUAAUUUUGGUAAGAGAAGAUCAUGAGAAAUAAAAUUUAGAAAACAACAAGAAAUAAGAGAUCUUAUUGGUAAAAGUAUCCUGGUUUCAGUAAUGAGUUUUUGAUGAUGACUUAAUUGCUAUGCUUCGUUUUCCGUGUUGAAAAGUAACUCUUUAAAUUUAAGUAGUGAGCAACAAUGCGAACUGUUGAAGUUAACUUGUUUAAUGUUUCGAUGCUUUUCAUCUUACUGUCGUACACCUCAUAGAGAGGUUUAAAAGCAAUUAUAACAUAACCAAAGUAAAGCCGCGCUCUGAUUGGUCAAUUCAGCGUCCGCGUUCACCAUUUGCCCAUGGUGACGUGAGCAAAUGCAAAGACCAGUUUUCUGCGCGCUUGUCUUUUCUGGUCACAUAAGAUUUGUUAAAUGAAAGAAAACUCUUUUGGUACAAUGUAUCAAUGUUAUGUUAUAAAA